AUGAUUUCCCUUAAGAUUGAACCUAGGGGUCGUCCCAUUAGGAACCUCCCAUCAUCUAUUGAGAUUGAUCUGGCAACCUGCACUACGGAAUCGCUCUACACGCGUCUUUCUGCAACAACUGGCCUUUCCCGUGACCGUCUGAGGCUCACCAAGGGUAGUGAUGGUAGCGUUAUUUCCGUAAAGAAGGAUUCCGGGAAAGAUGUUAUGGUGGAGGAGCUCGGACUCCUGAAAGACAGCAAAAUCUUCGCCAAAGAUUUGGGUCCUCAGAUAGGCUGGCGCACAGUCUUUCAGAUCGAAUACAUCGGGCCUAUUAUCAUGCACCCUUUGGCAUUGCUUUACCUCCGCCCUUACCUAUACUCCAACUCACCUCUCAACCCCCUCUCCCACAUCCCAUACUUCCCUACAACAGAUGUUAUACCACCAGCAACAACAGUCCAGAAGGUACUGUGCAUUCUUACAACCCUGCACUUUGUCAAACGCGAGUUUGAAACCACAUUUGUCCACCGCUUCUCGGCAAACACCAUGCCGUUUAAUUAUGUAUUCCGCAAUUCCGCGCACUACUGGCUCCUUAGCGGUCUCUUGAUGGCGCUGUUUCUUUACACGCCUGCGCCCACUACUGCUGGCUCUUGGUGGCCGAGUUCCUUACGCGCUGAGAAUAACCCCGCGGUUCUUUACGGUGGUAUUGCGCUGUGGGUAUUUGCGCAGCUUUCAAAUUUCGCGACCCACAUGACAUUACGCUCACUCCGCCCUGAAGGAUCCACCAAGAGAGCUAUCCCGACGGGCUAUGGGUUCGACACGGUCACAUGCCCGAACUAUAGCUUUGAGGUUUUGGGCUGGUUGGCGGUAUGGCUUAUUUCGGGAGGAAACUGGUCAGUGGGUCUCUUUAUCGCCGUGGGUGGGGUUACUAUGGCUAAAUGGGCGAUGAAGAAGGAGAGGAGAUAUAGGAAGGAGUUUGGGAGUGCAUACAAGAAGAAGAAGGUUAUGAUUCCAUGGAUUUUGUAA